AGCCUAGCGCCACAGAUAGCAUCGCAUCAUGUAUAAUUUUGGCAGAAAAUUGCGAUCAGUAAGCAUUACAGAACCUCGUUCGUCGUAACCGCCUUCUCAAUCUUGCGAAUAUCGUCCCCCGUGAGGCCUAAGACCGAGAACUUGCGACUCGCUUCACAAUAUGCGACGAGGGUGAUCACGAAAGAUUGUGCGAUAUUAGCUUCCACCACCGAGCCCGUCCUAUUUGUUCGUGUAAAAACGAUAUCAGAAGAUGGACGAGACUCAACCACUACUCCCAGAUGCCGACAGCGACCAGUUGCCGAAGCUACACGGUGCCAACGUGGUCGACUUCGAUCCUGACGGUGACGCGGAAAACCCUCAAGAAUGGCCCCGAACUUACAAAUGGGGCAUCGUGGCCUUGCUUGCAUCAACAGCCUUCACUGUGACAUUUACAUGCAUAUCGGUCGUGCCCGUCGCCAACCGCAUCGUCAGCGACCUCAACCACGGCCAGUCCAGUAAAUCCGCGAGUGUCCUCCUCGUGACGAUCUGGGAACUCGGCGAGGCGGCUGGUCCGCUGUUGAUUGCACCACUCUCUGAAGUUUACGGACGUUACCCUGUCAUGAACGCAGCGAACAUUCUAUUCAUUUCCGCCACGGUUCUUGCGGCAUUGUGCCAGAGCACACCGCUAUUCAUCGCAGCCCGAGCCCUGACCGGUCUGGCCGUCGCUUCUAAUGUGUUAAGUCCGGCCAUCGUCGGCGACAUGUUCAUCUCCGAGCAGCGCGGCACGGCGAUGAGUUAUAUCAUGCUCGCACCACUGGUGGGGGGAGCCGUUGGGCCGGCAAUCGCCGGUGCUAUCGCCCAGAGUCUUGGGUGGCGAAAGGUCCUUUGGAUGAGCGCCAUACUCGCUGGUCUUUGUGAGAUCUUGUUUCUGUUUUGUUCGCGCGAGACGUACAAGGUCGCAGUCCUCCGACGACGGGCGGCGAAGCUCAGAGAAGAGACGGGCAAUAAGUCGGUGAGGACUGCUUAUGACGAUGAAAAUGAGUCGGACUCGCGGAAGUUUUGGAACUCGAUCAUGCGCCCGGCCGUGGUAUUCAGCGAUUCGAUCGUCUUGCAGAUGCUCGCUAUUUAUGGGUCGUUGGCGUUCUCGUAUUUCUACGUCAUGUCGACUACGCUGCCGGAUAUUCUGGAGGGGUUGUAUCAUCUUAGCCCUGCUUUGACGGGGUCUUCGUUUAUAUGUUUCAGUAUUGGUUCCACGGUCAGCCUCGUCAUAGUCAAUUUGUUGCUGGACAGGAUUUACAUCAAAUUGCGCGAAGCGCACAAGGGGAUUGAGCAGCCUGAACACCGUCUCCCGCUGGUCAUAGUCGGAGCUUUCAGCAUGCCCUUUGUCAUCGCGCUGUACGGCUGGAUUCCGGCACUCGGACUGCCGCUACCGCUCAUGUUGAUCUGCCUUGGCACAUUGGGAGCUACUAUGUUGCUGGCCUUCAUGCCACUGAUGGCUUACGUCGUGGAUGCUUUCAAAUUGUAUUCGGCGAGCGCGUUGACCGCGCUCAUCGUGGUUAGGUGUCUUGUUGGCACGUUUCUGCCAUUGAUUACGGAACCAUUAAUCAAGGGCCUGGGUUAUGGAUGGGGAUUCACUGUACUGUGUGCAGCGAGUUUCUGCGUCGCGCCGAUUCCGGUCCUGGUGUUCCGGUAUGGAGCGAAAUGGAGGCAGCGGUCGACUUACACUAAAGAAGAGUAGGGUUCAAAAUGAUGGAUGAUUUGCAUACGGCGUUGAUUUGGGGGUCAUCAUCCAAAGCGUUGGCCUUCGGUGUUGGCAUUUUUAAGACAUAGACAGACAUGUAAAGACGUAUACAUAGAACAAGAGCUUAGAUGCGACAUCUGGAACAAAAAUGGCAGGUAGACUUAUCGGUUGACUCUGUGCAUUGACUGGACAUUACUUUACUGUCGGCCUCGACACGAGGAACUACCCGCGGUAGGUAGCUAGGAUCCCAGAGGCCGUAAACGAAUACCAAUACUAUGCAACACUUUACAUGAAGAAAUAUAACCCAUGAAGAAAUCCCAUCCCAAUGCAAUCACCCCUCGCACAUCA